GCAGUGAUAAUUCAGUGUCCGGUGGUGUCCAAACAGCGAAGAAAUAGGAGCACACAGGUCAAUGGGGUAGAGAGAUAGGCGCAUCAGAGUGACCGAUGGACCGCCACGACAACAGAGCUGCGUGCGUGGCACGCGUAUCUUCACUGUUUCCUUUUGCCGAUCCUAUCGCAAACUGGAGCCAACCGUUCACCACGCCACGUACGACGCCCCCGUCGUCGCCCGCACUGCCACGAAUUGGGUGCCUAUAGCGCCGGCUACUACUAUCACCGUUCGCUCUCGCAUUCCUCGACUGGCUUCGUGUACAAUCGAACGACCGCGAUCGCAGAACGCCGAGUCGGCAGGAAAAAAAAUAAGUAGCGAAAUAGGUGCAGGCGUCUAGAGGCUCAGUUAGAAAGCCGCCACCCCUUUACUCAGUUACUCCGUCCGAUGCUGUCGACUAAGCGUGUGGUGUUCGGCGUUCUUUCCGCUCGUUGUUCGGUGUGUUUUGGUUUUCCACGUGGGUGUGUGUUUGUAUUGCUGAUAGCCGAUUAGCGGAUAGUGCGUAAAACCAAUUGCCCGCCAGCUGCACACAUUCCUAUAUAAAGUGUCUGAGCAAUCGCCUAGCUUCGUGCCUAGCUGAACUGACUGGCUUUGAUAGUUAGCAGUCAGUCUAGGGAUUGCAUACGUGUAAAAAGGCACUACUCGUUGUUUUUCCUGUGCCUAAACUCCAGACCUCGGAGCCGAUCGCGUGAUGUACAUCGGUGGUGUGGAAGGAGGUGCGACACAGUCGACGUUAGUGAUCUGCGAUGCGUCGGGUAAGAUUAUCGGUAGAGCCAUGGGUCCAAGCACAAAUCACUGGGCAGUUGGAAUACCGGGUGUGGCCGAACGCAUAGCGACAAUGGCACGGGCCGCGAAGGCGGAGGCAAAACUACCGGAGGAUCAACUGCUGACCGCGAUCGGACUGUGUUUAAGCGGCGCUGAGACGGAGGAAAUGAACCGUGAGUUGGAACAGUACCUCCGGGCACACUAUCCGUCCGUGGCCGAGCAGUACGUGGUAUGCAGCGACACCAUUGGCAGUAUCCAGGCUGUUUCGAGGCUCGGUGGAAUGGUGAUCAUUGCCGGUACCGGCUCCAACACGUUGCUGCGUAAUCCGGAUGGCAGCACGCACGGCUGCGGAGGAUGGGGUCAUAUGAUAGGUGACGAAGGUGGUGCCUGGUGGAUUUCACGGAAUGCCGUCAAGACCGUAUUCGACGAUAGGGACAAUCUACGCCCCAGCAAGAUGCCGGUCGAUCGCGUGUGGAAGUUGAUUCAGCAGCACUUUGGUGUUCAAACAAUGCAUGAUUUGCUCGAGCACUGUUACGGGGGUUUCUGCAAAACCGCAUACGCUGGUCUCUGCGCGAAGUUAGCGCGUUGCGCCCUCGAGGAAGCGGAUCCGUUAUGCCGAGCACUGUUCAACGAGGCUGGCCGCACUCUUGCCCGUUCUGUGUGCGCCCUCCAGCCAAAGAUUUCGCCUGAAUUGCUCGGUGACACCGAUGAGCUCGCCAUCGUGUGCGUCGGUUCCGUUUGGCUCAGCUGGGAACUACUGCGUGAAGGAUUCGUACACCAACUGAACGCACGAUGCUUUCCAUACAAUCUACGCCUGUUGCGUCUCAAAACGACGAUGGCGCUUGGAGCAGCAUACCUUGCGGCCGACACCUACAAUCUGCUGCUACCGCGUGAUUACACUGACAAUUACGACGUGUUCUAUACGUACCGUGCGGUUACCAAUGGGAACGGCACCAAUGCCGAGAGCGCUUUCUCUGUCGAUCACGGUACCAACGGCCGGAACUAGCCUCGUCAUUUUGUUACUUUUUAAUUCCGUAAUACAAACGAGAAAAGUAGAAAGGAAGGAUUAAUGUUACAAAUGAGAUUGGAAGCAUGCAGUCAAUCAUCCCGGGCCGUUAUCCCGAGGAAGCACUGCACUCAAAAUGAUAGUAAACGUAGGACAUAUUACAUUGUUGAUCACACUUACUGAUAUUCUACUAGUUUUUUUGGUUACUCUUAGUAGAACGCACUGAGCCGUAGUUACAACUCUUUUGGUUGCCCUAUGUCAUUCACACUAUGGAUCUGCCCGCAAUGUGAGAGGCAAAGUGUUUGUAUAAUAUAGAAACAGUAGAGAUUAUAGUAGAUACGAAAUCCCGGGGUUUGUUUAUUGAAAAGGCGUUGAGUCGUCUGUUGAGUCAGUACUCACAGGAUCAAUCAAAUCCAGGUUUGAAUGGUGUCGCAAAAUACGUUACAUUGCAUAACCAGAUUCGUCUAUUUACAAAAGGUUUCUUACAAACAUGUUUUGUGCGAUGUUUCUCUGUUGCUCUGGCAGGUAAGGCGUCCACCUUUUACCUACUUGUGUCCUAGCUAUCAGAUACGUUCUUUACUCUAUGGUCGCACGUUAGCAAACGCGCGGCGCUUUAGGUUGAUUCAAUUUGUUUAACCAGCUUUACAAUUCAGCAUUAAUAGUAGUAUAUCCGAAAAAAACGACGAAUAGUGAUGUGAUUUUUUAGAGGGCAAUCUUUGUAUGUGAAUGCGUACUGCUGUACCAUGGAUAGAUCUUUUUACGUUAUUAAAUGAAUGCUUCUUGGA